GUCUUCAACAUCUUCUAUCAUUCACUUAAAGUCACGCAAGCCAGCAGAAUAUCACGCGCGUCGUAUUUCGCGCAACUCUCGUGCAUCACGUCAAGUUCUUUCGAUUCUAAGCACCCCUUCAAAACAUGGCGCCACGUUUGGAAGACUGCCCGAACGAGGUCAUCGAGUCAAUCGUCGUACUUCUAGACUUGAAUGAUAUCUGUAACCUGCGUCAAACCAGUCGAUCACUAGCUACGAAAGCCACUCAGAACCAUUUCAAGUCAUUCUAUCUCUCGAAACAUGUAGACACCACCACACGAUCACUGGAAAAGUUUGUCGAUGCAACUCGCCCUGGUCGACUUGGAUGUCUAGUCCAGAAUUUGACAAUAUUCGGCGUCUUUACGUUUCCCAGAGUAGAUGGCCGCGAUUUAGCAGCAGGGCUGUGGGCUACGGGCAUGAAGUUGGACCUCCUUAACCAGGCGUUGAGCGGUAUUGCGGCAGCCAAGAGGACCGAGGAAACUAUAUCACUCUCGCGCAAUGGCGUGGACUGGGAGUCAUAUUGGCAGUGCGUAGCUGGUACAUUUCACACCGCGAUGCGCGCGGUAGCGGCAAGCGGAUUAAAGUUGCGGGCCCUGAUUGUGUUCCACGAUACAGGGGGCCAGUCGGGCAACCUCGGAUGCGAUGAGCUUAAUCGUCUCGACUUUCAGGAUCAGAGGCUCGUUGCGUCUCUUUCGAGCUUGAAAUAUCUGGCUCUCAGCUUGUCUGACAGGGCUAUCACGAAUCUGCCUGAACCUGAUCGGUCCCAGCCUCCAAAACAGGAGUUCAUUCUAGAGGCGAUGGGAAAAGCAACCGACCAGGAGAAUUUCAUUGGCCUUGAAAAAUUGUUGCAGCUUGCACCUCUACUGGAGGACCUCGAAAUACGCUACUAUCGAUUGAACGCGGCCCACGUCUUUCUCAGAAGUCCAUACCUUCAACACGAGCUUCUGUUGAGAGAACUGGCCCAGUCAGAGAAGUUGCCAAGGCUGAAGACGUGUAGCAUUCGCGGAAUAGUCAUCAGCAGCGAGGACUUGUUGGCCUUCGUUCGGCGAACAGCUCCCCAGCGGCUGUUAUUGGACAACGUAAUCCUGUCUGGGGGUAUUUUCACACCUUUCUUCGAUCACUGCACCGGUGAAACAACCGGCAUAUUGGAAUUUGAGUUCAAGGAACUGUUUGAAAAGCACAACAUAGUGCAUUUCGGUGAGCCUGGUCAAGGAAGUUUCGCUCAAGGACUACAACAGACGGGCACAAACAGUUCACGAACCUCAACGUCAUUAAUAAGGACGGGCGACGGGGUGAAAAAGCCGAUUUCUUAUCAUUAUUACCAUGGCGUUCCCAUGGAUACUCCUCAGAUAAGGGAGGAGCGCCGGGAGCGUCAAAGACUCUAUGGCCCACUGCAUAGAUGAGAGGCAAACAUCGUUUGGGGUUCAGUAUCUAAAUAAACAAUUCAGGACAUCUGGUGUUUGACUUAAGCAAUGAUUUUGGAUUCAUGUCAUC